GGCAGGGGAGGCAGUCCGAAAGUUGAAGCUAUAUCCGACAAGGGUGCUAAUACCGAAAGCAUGCAGCCCCACCGAUGGAAGGAAGCAGCUAUCGUCCUCGAAUGCAUUCAGGCAGUAGAUGUGGAAGGUGUCGUGGACCUCGAGGGAUACUCUUGGCUAUUAUUCGACAAUGCUUGCUCACAUCAACUCUUCCGCUUCAGUUCAAACUCGAUAUUCCACGCGCUCUCAUUUAAUAAAUCCAAGUGUUCUGCCAGACUCAAGAUUUGGGUAGGACUCAUAGUAAUUUCCUCGCCCGUCAUCCCGGACGCGGAAUCUACCCCUGAAUCCAUCUGCUCGGCAAGACUCACUGGGCCAGUAACAGUAUCUUCUCCUGGAAUACCUUCCCUACUCACGAUGUUACUGGUCAUCUUCUGCAGUAGUUCCAGUUCCUUUUGCCUCAGUGUGGCCGUCAUGUUGCCCUUGGCGACGAUGUCCGACAGCACGCGCGAGGCGGUGAGUACGUAGUUGGCCAUGUCUGGCACCCGAGAAGGAUCGACGAAGUGGGCGAUAAGGGCGAUGAACGCCGCUUAAUA